AAAGCAGAGGCUUUAACACACUGAGCCACCCAGGUGCCCCACAGAGCAUCUCUUUUAACACGGCCUCAUGUAGAUUCAAAAAAGUCCCAGAAAGAGAAAGCUUUUCUCCAGGGACAACGGCAAAGCUUGGCAGGCUCUGAGGCUCCGUGAAGGUUGGCUUAUCACAGAGAUGUGGAGGUUUUCCAUAUUUUUCUCCAAAAUGCAGAUUUAUAGGAGGUUUUCUGUGUGUACCUGGGUACACAUACGCAUACACAUCUGAAGGAUCCUACUGAGUUAGCGCUACUGCGGAAUGACAGAGUCACAGCGAAGUCUCGUCCCAGCGCAGCCGCUGGCCUUGCUCCCCCCGGCAAGGCAGGCUCCUUCUCCGCGCGGCCCACGGCAGUCAGGGAAGCCCGCGCGGCACCAGCCCAGUCAUGCGGCUGCGGGUCUUGGCUGCCCAUUGGUUUGUUUCCUAGGCACUGGCCGGCCACCUGUGACAUGUCCGGACCUGGGCCAGAAGCUGCAGUCCAGCAGAAGCUCUGCUGUGUUCCACUCCAACGUGGAAGACGGAGGUUAACAUGAGCAUUAUCUGGACGCACAACUCUAGGAGCAUGAACGAGUUCUAGCUGCCGUGAGGUCCUGUGAAAGGGCCAUCCUGCUCUAUCCUGGGGGGUUGCCCUGAGGAAAUGACCCUGGGGCAGGGCUCUGAAGUCCUGGGAAGAGGGAGCAGAGCAAGCAAGGAGAGGUGUACCUCACGCCAACAGAGCAGUAGGUGCAAAGAUUUUGGGGUGGAAGAAGGGGCCGGGAGCAUGGAGAACGAGGCAGAGGGAUGAAAGGUGAGGUCCAAGAGGUAGACAGUGGCCAGACUACAUGGAACUUUGGGGGCCAUGAAGGUGGAUGCUUUAGAGGUCAGAGAACUGAAAGUGGGGAGACCCAGGACCUCAGCCAGGACAAUUUUUUCAUUUCUAAGACAAGCAGCUUGUCUACCCAGCAGUCCGUGAUGGCACGUCCCAUCCCUGUCCCGGUCCCAUCCUCAGCCCUUCCCUCAUCUCCCUGAGCCCUUAGGGGUGAUGCCCUCCCACCACCCUCCCGAGUGGCCCUGCCAAUCUCAUUAGUGUCAUGUUGGGGGUCAUCCUAAUCCGCUUACCCAGAGGCAGGAUAAAUGCCCAGCCGGCCCCCUGCUGGGGGAUGCCUGGACACUCACACCCACGGCCUCCUGAGACCUGCCCAGAGCUUGGAAUUUCUCUGUUCUACUGGAUUGAGACCUGCAAGGGAGGCAGAAGCAAGGGGGCUGACCGGGACCCCCCCUCUUGGUGUGUCCCCAGCCCACGGCGUGAGGGAGUCUAGAAGGCAGAGUUUGCCGUGGGGUCUCUCCCAGCCUGGCCAUGAACCUGGAGCCACCCAAGGCCGAGAUCCGCUCGGCCACCAGGGUGACAGGGGGGCCCGUCACUCCCAGAAAAGGGCCCCCCAAAUUUAAGCAGCGGCAAACCAGACAAUUCAAGAGCAAGCCCCCCAAGAAAGGUGUCCAAGGGUUUGGGGACGACAUCCCUGGAAUGGAAGGUCUGGGAACAGACAUCACGGUCAUCUGCCCGUGGGAGGCAUUCAACCACCUGGAGCUCCACGAACUGGCCCAGUACGGCAUCAUCUAGCACCAGGGCCUGACCCGGAGCCUCAGGGCCGUCUCCCCUGCUGCCCGCUGCGACCCCUGCUCAGGAUUCCUGUGAGGAGCCCCUCCCCCACCAAGGGUGUCCAGAUUGCCCGGUUUGUGUCUGGAGACCCCUGCAGGGUGGCAACCUCAGGCCCCCAGAUGCCAGUUACCAGAAGUGCACCAGCUCCCUGCCAGACACCUCAGGGCCAGGCAGGCUCUGCUCAGCCUCCAGAAACACUGGCCCAGAGAUCUUCUCUUAGGGCUGGAAAGCCAGAGCAGGGUCUCCCAGGAAUGUUCGUCACAGGCCAUUCCUGUCCUGGUGUCUGGUGAUGAGAACAAGCUCCCCUCACUAGCCCUUCCCAGCUGCUGCCCUUGGGUUGGGGAUGCCUGGGGGGAGUCCUGGCGGUGCCUGAAUAACACGCCUCCAAACCCCUCACCGGCAGGAAACGUCCUACCCAACGUAGCCCGCGCAUGCUGUCCUGGUUUCAGAAUAAAAUCCACAUGCCGCCGUUCA